AUGAGAUUCCUCGUAUCAGCCGCCACUUUUGCGGCUUCGUUACUAUUGUGUGCCCAGUUUUCAACUGCCGAACCCAUUGCCAGUGCUGCUACGCCUUCGUCUCCACCCGCACCAGUGACCUCAUUGAUAGAGAAAGGAUGCUACAAAUCAGUCUCGUCGAUGGAGAGCCAGGGAACGUUUAAAUUUCAGUCUCGUGGAUAUUGCAGAGGUAUAUGUGUACCCAAGGGCAAACCUGUCAUGGCGAUGGGGAAGGGUUCGGAGUGCUUUUGCGGGGAUAAGCUACCAGCAAGUUCCCAAAAGACGGACAACAGCCAAUGCCAAAUCAAAUGCAUCGGCUAUAAUCUUGAGACAUGCGGAGGAAAGGAUGCAUAUCAAGUUAUACUUACGGGACUAGAAGAAAAUGUUGAUGCAGAGGAUGAUAAACCAACUUCGACUUCCACUACCCCGCCAAUGCAAACGAUAACAAAGUCCGGCGAGACCGUUGUUGUAACAGCUGGGACUACUGACGCCCCGCCAAAGAAGGAUGAUGGCCCAAAUAAGGCUGGCAUUGCUGCUGGUGUUGUGGUUGGAGUACUUGCGUUGGCGAGUCUUGCGGGAGGGGCGUUCUUCUACAUUAAGCACAAGAAACGACAGGAAGUGAUGGAAGAAUACCGUCGGAAUGCCACUAUCAGCAAUUUUGUUGCUGGGGGCAAACCGUACUCCGAAACAUCGACGUCCGAUUCAAGAUUGGACCCUACUCUUAUGUCCCAGCGUCGACAAAGCAAUGGCAGCAUUGCCGAUGAUCAGGACUUCUCCAGGAGAAUCCUCAAGGUUACAAACCCGGAUUCUUCGCACUACUAA